AAACUUUCAAGGAUGAAGAAAAGGAAGUUAAGACGAGUACCCCUACAGAUGUAGAUGACUUAAUAGUGAAAGUCUCUACUAGUGAGGGUGGGACCAAGAGUGUUGAGAACCUCCAAGAUGCUUGUCUAAAACAAGGAGGGAAGUUGCUUUCAUUGAGCUCGAGGCUCAAAACAAGUGAAGAUGAAAAGAAAGCACUUCAUGUGGACUUGUUUAAGUCCAAAGUUCACAUUAUUGAGCUUAAGGAGAAGAAAAAGUCCCUCCAUGAUGAG